AUAUUAACCCGGCUACGAUCGAGCUCUUUGCUUAGUCAAGCCCCAUUAUACAUUUGAAAGAAAGUAAAUAAAGGGGAAAAGGCAGACCAAAUGGCAAAACAAUUUUCGGAUUUGAAUUCUGAGUGCGAUAGAGAAGGCAGACAAUUGCAACCUGCUGAAAGGCCAUCUCAGCCUCAGCAUCUUCGACCUGGGGCUCCUACCUCCUUACAAACUGAGUAUCAAGGUAAUCAUUCAGGCGAGCGGGACGGCUCUUCGCCCGGUAGUCCUCAGGGAUCGUUGGCACCACCCUCCAGCCCCAGCCCGUUUGCUACCAGAUCCCCAUUGUUCAUGUUUGUAAGAAGAUCCCCACUGCUGUCCAGAUCCUCCAGUGGGUAUUUCUCUUUUGACAUCGACAGGAGUCCUGCACCUAUGAGUUGCGACAGGGCCACGCAGACUCCGAGCCCUCCCUGCCAAGCCUUCACUCAUUAUUUGAGCGCAAUGGGUAAGCAAGAUCAUGAUGCUUCCAGACGGCAGUCACAGUCAAUGCCUGAAGAUAUACAGCCAGAAAUAUGGAUUGCACAGGAAUUACGGCGCAUUGGAGAUGAAUUUAAUGCUUCCUACUGUCCAAGAAGGGGUUUCUUGGAUUACCUAGCAGUAAACCACCAGAUUGUAAUUUUGCGCCUGUUGCAUUACAUUGUCCGUCUCAUAUGGAGAAUGCAGUGACUAAUGCCUGGAGAGGCAACUGGGAUUAUUGACUCGUUUCCAGCGACAGCAGCCAUGAACAAUGUCUCUGCAUGCAGCUAGCAGGUCCUUCCUGACUUCAAAGGACAUCCAGCAAAUGAAAGGAUCAAGAGGACUCCAUAUCAGACAGUUUUUGCCCUUUUCUGAGGAAAAGUGAAAUUUUUUAAAUGGAAG